AAAAGAAAAAGAAAUAAUUAAAGAAAUUUAAAUUUAAAUUAUAUUUCAGAUUUCUCGGGUUUCAGAGAAAAAAAAAAGGGGCUUCGGAGCUCCUCUGCGUUUUCGUUCCGGAACCCUAGAAUUUCCGUGUCGCCGUAAUUUUUCUGAAUUAUUGGGAUUGGUUUUGUGGAAAUUUGAGUAGUUGAAGAGAGAGAGAGAGAUGUCAGGAUCUGAGACGGGAGUGAUGACCAGUAGAGAGCCGUUUCUGCAGGCUAGUCCUCUACAGUCACUGACUCAGUCACAGUCACAGAGCAUGCGCUUGGACUACACUUCUGGCACUAAUGCUAUCUAUAAGCCCGUCACCGCCGCCACCUCACCGCCGCCUUACCAGUCCACUGCUGGAGCUGCUGCUGCUGCUCCGGGGGACAGUUCAACUGGUGUAGGUGCUGUUAUGUCAUCUGGGCAGCUUAACAUGAACAUGGGUGGUGAGCCAAUGAAGAGGAAGAGAGGGAGGCCGAGGAAGUAUGGGCCAGAUGGGACAAUGUCAUUGGCUCUGUCACCUUCAGCACAGUCUGCUGCUGUCCCUGUUAACCAGUCCAGUGGAGGCUUUUCUCCUCCUCCUCCGCCACCGCCUCCUGCUGCUGCUGCUUCUGGAGGCGCUGCCUCGCCCACUACUUCCACCAAGAAAGCCAGAGGCAGGCCGCCUGGUUCUACGAAUACAAAGAAGCAGCAAUUGGAAGCUUUGGGAUCUGCAGGCAUGGGAUUUACACCACAUGUCAUCACUGUUAAAGCUGGAGAGGAUGUAUCUUCAAAAAUUAUGUCGUUCUCUCAGAAUGGUCCUAGGGCUGUUUGUAUCUUGUCAGCAAAUGGGGCGAUAUCAAAUGUGACUCUUCGCCAAGCAGCCACAUCUGGUGGAACUGUUACAUAUGAGGGGCGGUUUGAAAUUCUAUCACUUUCUGGCUCAUUUCUUCUAUCUGAAAUUGAUGGCCAGCGCAGCAGAACUGGAGGAUUAAGUGUCUCACUGUCUAGCUCAGAUGGUCGAGUUUUGGGUGGUUGUGUGGCAGGUCUCCUAACAGCUGCCUGUCCUGUUCAGGUAGUUGUUGGGAGCUUUGCUGCAGAUGGUCGAAAAGAACCAAAGACGGAAAUGAAAAAAGAUCCUUCAUCUGCAGGACCACGGCUUGCAGCAGCUAGCGGGCCAAACGGGGUCAGUAGUCCACCGUCACAUGGAACUCUCAGUGAAUCCUCAGGUGGGCAGGGAAGUCCACUUAACCAGAGUACAGGAGCCGGCAAUAACAAUAACCCACAAGGCAUGUCAAGCAUGUCCUGGAAGUGAUCAAUCUUUCGUAACCUCCAGCCAGCUUCCGCCCGUUCACUAAUUUGUGUAGUCAUGAUCAGCAGUGUUGUGUUUCGUAGUCAUCAUGAAUCUUCAGGACGCCAGUUGUAGUUUCAGCAUUAUGUAAUCUUAGUACAAUAAAGACUCUAGAAUACUUUACAGCUUGACCAUUUAGGAUAUGGCCAGCUGAAAGUGUCAACCAGGUAAUUUGAGGUGUUUGUGCGAUAGAGGAUUAGAUUAAGGUUUGUGGAUCUAGAAAUUGGUAGGACUAGGAUGAGUUGGUGAUCUAGUUCAUGUUGGCUUAUUGUAAUCGUAGUAGAGCUGUAGCUUGAUGCACUGUUCUCUAAUGAUAAAAUCGUAAUCGGUGUCUUUCAAAAAUAUA